GGCUCUGCAGUGAGCACCACUACUUGUCUCGAUCGACCGGAACAGGGCGUGACUUCGCGUAACUCAAAGGCUUUGGUAACUUUGCUUUCGCUUUUGCUUCAGUUUGUCACGAUGGCGACGUACGACGUAAAAGUGUCAGCAAAAGAUGAAGCUCGCUGCUGGCAAAACCACCAAAGAAUUUGGUGCUCCAAAUUAAGGUCACUGAAGGUAAUUCAGCCUUUUACAGGUGUAAAUCCAAAGUGGCUACAUUCUUCCAUUCUGUCAAGAUAAAUGCAAUUUUCAUUCAUUGAUUGCAAAAAAAAAAGAAAAAGAAAAGAAAAAGAAAAUACAGCCCUUUUUCUAGACUAACUUAAUUAGAUUUUAAAAAUGCAUAGAAAAUUCAAUUCUGCUUUUAAAAUGACCCAAACUAUUACCUAAAGUAUUUAUACAACACCAUACGGUGAAAUGGCAGAUGGAUUUUCUACUCUGGUUAACAAAGUGACCGCAUCUCUUAGCAGCGACGAGUCUAAGAUCCUGCUGUAUCUUUGCACUGAUUUGUUCAACAACAGUUGUGUGGAAGAACUGAGAGGAGAUUUGCUGGCCUUUGCCCAACAGAACCCCAAUCAAGCAGGUCAACCUCAUUCUGGAAAUGCUCUGCUGAUGGAGCUCAUGUUUCAAAUGAAGCGCUAUGAUUUACUACGCAAAGUUUUUGGCACCAACAAACAACAGGUAGAAGGAAUUCUCAGAAAGGAGCGCGUCAUCUCAGAUUACAGGGUUCUAAUGGCAGAUGUGAGUGAAAACUUGGAUAAAGAGGAUUUACAAUCUCUUAUCUUCCUCCUAAGCAGUAUCCUGCCCAAAGAAAGAUCAACUAGAGCUACUAGCUUUCUAGAUGUGGUGGUGGAGUUGGAGAAAUUAAAUGAAGUAUCUUGUGAGAAGCUGGACUUUCUUGAAAAGUGUCUUAAAAAUAUUCGCAGAAAUGACCUUGUCAAAAAAAUUCAGGCGUACAGGAAUAGAGGUCAGAACAUGCCAUGUGCCGCUCCAAAUACCUUUAAGUUCACCCCUAUGCAGUGUCAGCCUUUUGAAAAGCAAGUGAGACAAUCACAGUGCUUCAAUCAUGAGUUCAACAAAUUGAAGCUUUCUGUGCCUGAAACAGGGAUUCACUAUCAACAGGCUAUUACAGAGGAGUAUCAAAUGAAUCCCGAACAAAGAGGCCUGUGUGUGAUUAUUGACUGUGUUGGCUAUGAUGGAGAAAUGUUGAAGCACACGUUCGAAUGUCUGGGAUUCAAGGUCGUUUUUCACUCUCUCUUGGGUCUGAAGGAAACCCAGAAGGUUUUGGAAGAUCUGAGCCUGAACAGAAUUCUUCAAAGGGUCAGAUGCUUUGUCUGCUGCCUCAUCAGCAGAGGAACAAACACUCAUCUGUUGGCUACCGACUCGAACAGGCUCGGCAUCAACCUGAAGGAUCUUAAACAGCUUUUCAACGCAACCAAGUGUCCAAAAAUCUUCUUCACCCAGCUCUACAGGAUCACAGAAGCCCCAGUAAUGCCCUCAAUGGAUGACGAAUACCUUGAGACAGAUGCACCAGCUUCCAGGCAGUGUUCAAACACAGGAAGUGUUCCAAUGCCAGCGGACGUCCUCUGGAGUGUCUGUACAGCAGAGGUAAAACUGCUGGAAGAGUCCGGGCACCAGUCGGUUUACCUGAAUGCAUUGAACAAUGCUUUAUUGAAAGGACAUGAGAGAAAUGUGCCCAUAUUGGAUGUCAUGAAGGAGGUACAAAGAAAUGUGUUGAGUCACGAUUCUGACAAUUACCAGCUUCAGCAAUCUCACACACUACAGAAAAAACUCUACUUAUAAGGACAACACAACACAAACCACUCCAUACUUUGGUUUCUGUUUUCUUACAAACGCUAGUAAAAAAUGUUUGUAAACAAAACGCUGCUGCUAGAGUAAAAACUUAGCAUAGCUACAUACUGCCAUUAAUGCUGUAUUAUUCAAGUAUGUUUUGUUAUAUGUUUGUUUAAUAUUUAUUUGUCACUUGUGGCAGCUAAUACAAAAAUGUUCUCAUUUGCAGUCAGAGUACUAUCGUCCUGAAUACCCUUAAGUCAUUAGUCAAGAUGUUGUUUAUUUGUUUAUUGCUUCUUAAAUACUAAUCAGAGCAGCUUUACAUUCACACAUACAUACAGAUUACAUUUGAAUGCUCCAAAGCAGAAAAGCAACGACAACUGGCAGUGAAAACACUACUGAACACCACUUUUAUAUUCCAUCUUGCAUAUAAAACUCUAUAUAACCAAAUAACCAAGAAGUAUUGUCCAACAAUUUUAUCUUUGUUGAUGUGUAGUAUGAGUAAAUAUUUGUUUUGUAACUAGAAUUAUAGACCAUUUAGUACUAAUCAAUCAAUGCACUUUUAAAGCCCUAAUUAUUUAGACCCUCUUCUUAAAUGAUCCGUGAAUGCUUUUCAUUUAGGCAUUGAUUUUAAAAUUAGUGAUGAAAUUACAUUUUCUUAGACCAGGGGUGCCCAAACUCAAUCAUGGAGGGCUGGUGUCUUAGAGAUUUAAGCUUCAACCCCAAUUAUACACACCUGAAUCAGCUAAUCAAGCUUUAUCUAGGUAUAAACUUCCAGGUAGGUGUGUUGAGGCAAGUUGGAGCCAAACUAUGCAGGACACCAGCCAUCCAGGACCAAGUUUGGGCACCCGUUUAAGUCUUUGUCUAGUUUUCAGAAGAACCAGUUGAAUUACAAUUACAUAUAUAUAUUUUUUUCUUUGAAGGUUAUAUGUUUAUCAAUAUCUAAAA